AUGGCGCGUGGGGCAAGCAGCGCUCAUAGGCGGGACAGCCGGCUCUGGCAGCGGCGGAAACAGCAACAUCGGUGUGAACAGCAAAGGCUGAACCGGCUGCGGUGGCGGCGGCGCGAAGAGGCGGUGGAAGCCCGCGCCAGUUGCCCUCCGCCUGGAUCACUUCCUCUCCCGCGCCGGCAUCACCACGCUACGCGAGAGCCCGAACAAAUUGGUGUGCGCGCCAGUGUGCGAGGGUGCGCAGAUGGGGGCAGUAGUGACGGGCGGCCGUGUGGACGGGGCAGGAGAGGCGGAGCGGGGAGGGGAGGCGCAGGGAGGGGAGGGGAGAGGGGGGAUAUGGCCGCGUGUGGUUUGGGUUUGGCGGAAACGUGGGGAGGGAUGGGGGAAGGGGGAGCAAGGGGUGGAGCAGGAGGGUGGAGGAGGGGAGAAGGGGCAGGCGGAGGGGUGGGGACGGGCGGGAGGGAGGGAAAAGGGGAGAGCGCGCGCAUGGGGCUCGAGGGGGGCCGAGAGGGAGGGCAGGUGGGUGGCCGCGGAGAGCGCGAGUGGGGGAACGAGGGGGGCCACUGGGGAGGCCGCGGGGGAGAGCCCGGGGAGGGGGCGGGUGCGGGUGAACCCGGCGACGUGGGAGAGAAUUGGUGUGAGGCGGGGGAAGGAGAGGCAGACGCGGAAGCAGAAGUGAGCGAGCCGCUUAAAGCGCAUGGUGGUGCUGGCGAGACAGGCUGCUGGGGAGGGGGGAAUGGGGGAGACGGGGGAGACGGGGGAGAAAAGGCAGGGGGGAUAGGAGGAUGGAAGGGGGAUGGGGAGAAGGGGGAUGGGGAGAAGGGGGAUGGGGAGAAGGGGGAUGGGGAGAAGGGGGAGAGGGUGAAUGUGGGUGGGGAUGUAACAGAAGAGGAGGGGAUGGAUGAGAGGCAUGGGGAAGAUGAGAGGCAUGGGGAAGAUGAGAGGCAUGGGGAAGAUGAGCGGCAUGGGGAAGAUGAGAGGCAUGGGGAAGAUGAGCGGCAUGGGGAAGAUGAGAGGCAUGGGGAAGAUGAGCGGCAUGGGGAAGAUGAGCGGCAUGGGGAAGAUGAGCGGCAUGGGGAAGAUGAGCGGCAUGGGGAAGAUGAGCGGCAUGGGGAAGAUGAGCGGCAUGGGGAAGAUGAGCGGCAUGGGGAAGAUGAGCGGCAUGGGGAAGAUGAGAGGCAUGGGGAAGAUGAGCGGCAUGGGGAAGAUGAGCGGCAUGGGGAAGAUGAGAGGCAUGGGGAAGAUGAGAGGCAUGGGGAAGAUGAGCGGCAUGGGGAUGAUGAGAGGCAUGGGGAAGAUGAGCGGCAUGGGGAAGAUGAGCGGCAUGGGGAAGAUGAGCGGCAUGGGGAAGAUGAGAGGCAUGGGGAAGAUGAGAGGCAUGGGGAAGAUGAGAGGCAUGGGGAAGAUGAGCGGCAUGGGGAAGAUGAGCGGCAUGGGGAAGAUGAGCGGCAUGGGGAAGAUGAGAGGCAUGGGGAAGAUGAGCGGCAUGGGGAAGAUGAGAGGCAUGGGGAAGAUGAGAGGCAUGGGGAAGAUGAGCGGCAUGGGGAAGAUGAGAGGCAUGGGGAAGAUGAGAGGCAUGGGGAAGAUGAGCGGCAUGGGGAAGAUGAGAGGCAUGGGGAAGAUGAGAGGCAUGGGGAAGAUGAGCGGCAUGGGGAAGAUGAGCGGCAUGGGGAAGAUGAGAGGCAUGGGGAAGAUGAGAGGCAUGGGGAAGAUGAGCGGCAUGGGGAAGAUGAGAGGCAUGGGGAAGAUGAGAGGCAUGGGGAAGAUGAGCGGCAUGGGGAAGAUGAGCGGCAUGGGGAAGAUGAGCGGCAUGGGGAAGAUGAGCGGCAUGGGGAAGAUGAGAGGCAUGGGGAAGAUGAGCGGCAUGGGGAAGAUGAGCGGCAUGGGGAAGAUGAGCGGCAUGGGGAAGAUGAGCGGCAUGGGGAAGAUGAGCGGCAUGGGGAAGAUGAGCGGCAUGGGGAAGAUGAGCGGCAUGGGGAAGAUGAGAGGCAUGGGGAAGAUGAGAGGCAUGGGGAAGAUGAGCGGCAUGGGGAAGAUGAGCGGCAUGGGGAAGAUGAGCGGCAUGGGGAAGAUGAGCGGCAUGGGGAAGAUGAGCGGCAUGGGGAAGAUGAGCGGCAUGGGGAAGAUGAGCGGCAUGGGGAAGAUGAGCGGCAUGGGGAAGAUGAGCGGCAUGGGGAAGAUGAGCGGCAUGGGGAAGAUGAGAGGCAUGGGGAAGAUGAGAGGCAUGGGGAAGAUGAGCGGCAUGGGGAAGAUGAGCGGCAUGGGGAAGAUGAGCGGCAUGGGGAAGAUGAGCGGCAUGGGGAAGAUGAGCGGCAUGGGGAAGAUGAGCGGCAUGGGGAAGAUGAGAGGCAUGGCGAUGGUGAGAGGUUUGGAGGCGGCACGGGAUGGGUGGCAAAUGAGAGGCGGGAAUGGGGUGUGAAAGGGUGUGGUGGCAUAGCGAUGAUGGUGGUCGAGCUUGUUGAGUCGACUCAAAGGUCUUCCCCACCCCACCUCUCCCUCAUGCUGAGGAGCGAUGCAGCAGCGGGUACUGGCAGGACUGAAGGAGUUGGGGCAGGCGGUGAGGAGGUGAAUGUGAUUCUCCCCUCUCCCCUCCCCCACCACUUAACCACCCCAUCGCACAGGGAGCCAUGCUGGGCUGAACGAGUUGGCCAAGUGUAUGGAGUGGCAGGAGGGGGAGGGACGAGAAUGGCAGGUGAGGGAGGAAUGAUGUGCUUCUGUCAAGUAACACAAGUGAGGGCUGGUACGAGUGCAUGCGUGAGGGGUAAUGUUCGCGGCUGUGAUAAUGUUCCCCAUGCCCGUUCCUCUCUCCUGACGCUGCCUAGGCAAGUGCCUCACCUCUUCUCUUCGCUCUGCAUUUCUCUCUUCCUCUCCCUGCACUGCAUUGCCCUCACCCACUCUCUCACGACAACGUGCCCCUCGCCCACAGACCCGCACUCUCUUUUCUUCUUCCAAUCAUCUCCUCCUUGCCCGGCACUAAACCGCCCGCGCUGUCGGGUGAGUGCCGUGGCCAUUCUGGACGGAAAUGGGGCACACAGGCUGCUCUCAAGUGCAUGCUGGUGGAGGUAG